AUGGAGACCAGAGCCCUCUGGCUAAUGCUGCUGGUCCUGCUUGCGGGGUCCUCUGGGGUAGCUUCGGAGUAUGUUGGCCUGUCUCCAAACCAGUGUAUGGUCCCGGCAAAAGUCAGGGUGGACUGUGGCUACCCCAAAGUCACAGAAGAGCAAUGCAACAAUCGUGGCUGCUGCUUCGACUCCAGCAUCCCCAAUGUGCCCUGGUGCUUCAAGCCUCUGCAGGAGGCAGGAAACCAUGUCAAAAAGCCUGAUGCGGUGGUCCAGGCUUGGACCCUCAUCGCUGGGGAGGGAGAGGCAUACUGA